CAUUCUAGGUGCGCUCGCAGGAGUCACGUGACGGGCCGUUGCUGUGGCUGACGUCACGGCUGCGCAAUCAGCGGCCGCCGGUUGCUAUGGGGCGGUCUGGGUGAGUCAGAGCAGCUGCGACGGGUGUUGUGCCCAGAGAAGGCCGCGAGGAGGCGCCGGGGCCGCAGGCUGGGAUAGAGACCGGGCUGUGCGCACCAUGAGAAGAUGGCCCGAUCUUAGACUUACAAGAUGCCCACUGGAUGCAUGUGGCACCAUCAUCGAUCAUUCUUGCCUGACAUCCAUGAAGCCUAUAGAAAUUUAUAGACGUCCCACUGACAGCAGGAAGCAACAUGAAGCCUGCACAUGAAAGGAGUCAGGAAUGUCUUCCGCCAAAGAAACGGGAGCUCUUACAGAACAGUGUGAGUGUGGAGGAGCCACCCCGGGUAGAAACGACAUCAACCAAUGAAACUCCCUCUACUGAUGCAUCAGCUUGGCCCAGAGGAGUGCUGGUAGCAGCAGGGCAAGGACAUGGGGUUAGAUACGAAGUGGCUGGCGAGGGGGCAGAGACGGUUACUGUGGAUCAGUAUGGGAAUCUUUACAAAUUAGCGGUGCCUUCUGCUGCAUUUUCCCCACCUGGACUCCACCCUGUGGUGAAUAUGGGUUCUAUUCAGCCAUCUUUUAAUGUAGCUUCUCCUUUAAUACAGCACCCAGGCAUUACUUACCCACCUAUUCAUUAUGCCCCAAUUUCCCACACUCCAGUACAGUUCCUUGGAUCACCCUAUGCAGUUCCAUAUGCCGUUUCUCCGAGCUUCCUUCAACGUGCUGUGAUAUCUCCCCCUGUUACAUUGGCUGCCUCUCAUGUACCUCACUAUGUGCCAUAUAACUCCAUCCUCACAGAGGGGGUUACACCUCCUCCUCAAGCUCCAUCCCCACAUUCUUUCAACAAAACCACAGCACAGUCUCCCUCAGUGCUCAUGGGUGUUGUGCCUGUUGAUGUUGGAAAAGGUAGAGUGCCUGUAUUUUAUCAACAUUCUUCUCAAUUACCAGCUUAUCCUGUGCAUGAGAUGCUUCUGGCAUGUCCUUCAAACCAGUCCCCAAGUCCUGCCUCUGACCACAACAAAGAGAGAGAGGCAUUAAUCACUUCUACCAAUGGGGCCCAAAGAGCUGCAGACAAUGCCUCUGGAAGGAGAGGCAGUCAGGUUAUUCAUAACACAGAGGAACAGUUUGCAAGAAGAUCAGCUGACCAUUUGGUAAACUGUGAUGUCUACUCAGGACAUUCUACUCAAAGGACAGAAGUGGCUUUACUGACUCACAGGAGCACACCUGACACAGAUUUAGAAGUUCAGCGGGUUGUUGGUGGUUUUGCUUCACAAGACUUUGGUACUACACCUGUUCAGAGAAAGGAAAUGCAGAGUCCGUUAAAUCUGUCUCACAACACCAAUGAGCAAAGGGAGGUGCCAAGAGAUGCUCCCACCCAUGGAAAUUUGGCCAGCCCAAUGCCAGAGAGGGAACAGCAUAGGGUAAUGUACUCAAAACAGCAUAUUCUCAAAUACACUGAGAAAUCUGUAGUGAUCGUAAAUGGGGAAGCCACUCCAGCUACAGUCUGUUCUGCAUCAAGCCUACAUCCAGGAACUCUCCAGCAUGGAUCUAAAACUCAAGGAGCUAAAUCUCCUGAAUUACCCCUUAGUGACACUCAUCCAGACAGAAGGACCCCACAUACAAAUGUAGCCCCUUCACAGCCAACACAUUCCACUGCUUUACCCUCACAUUUUAUGAAAGGAGCGAUUAUCCAGCUGGCCACAGGUGAAUUGAAGAGAGUGGAAGACCUACAGACCCAGGACUUUGUGCGCAGUGCAGAGGUCAGUGGUGGUCUUAAAAUUGACUCAAGCACAGUGGUGGACAUCCAGGAAAGUCAGUGGUCAGGACUUGUGACUCUCCAUUUUGCAGUGGGAGAGCAGCAGAGCAAAGUGUGUCUUGAUGUACCUCCUGAACAUCCUUUCUUUGUGUAUGGACAAGGCUGGUCUUCCUGCAACCCCAGACAGACUGCUCACCUUUUUGCACUUCCCUGUCACCGGCUCCAGGUGGGAGAUGUUUGUAUAUCAAUAAGCUUGCAGAGUGUAAGUAAAAAUGGGGCAUCUUCCUCAAGUUGUACCCCUACAAGUCAGUCUAUAUCUCGCCCUAAUGAGAGAGCAAUGUUACAGUCUAGAGAUAGACCAUCCCUGACAGAAAGAGAGAGUGGAACACAGAGCCCACUUCAGACAGAGGGCUCGACACAGACUUCCCAUGUGCGGACUCUUCCUACAGCCCAAUCAAGCUGGUCAAGUCCAGGAGUCCAAAGAUACAGUGGGCAGAGUCCAGACCCCCGACCUUCGCCUUCUCGGCACUCUUUCAUCCCUCAAGAGGUGAAGCUAUCUAUUGAAGGGAGAUCAAAUGCUGGGAAAUAAGCCCCAUCCCUCAGGAGGAAAUUAUUUUGCACAGUUAAGAGUACAGGUAUAAUUAGUAAGACCGUGGAGAGGUCCCUGCUGCUCAAGAGAGGAAUGAAGCGUGGGGUAACUAUCUAUGGCAAAAAAGCAGACUCAAACUCCCAGCGCCUUCAGUAAAAAAAAAAUAAAAAAAAAAAAUGCAAUAUGUUUUUUCUCUAUUAAUCGUCUAAACGAACUUAACCCUCUUGUGUGUGGUUUAUUUUUUGUUCCCAUAAUAUGCCAAUCAGUAUAUUUGUCAUUGCUGGUGGGGGAUGAAGGCAUUGAAACAUGGCUUUUGCAUUUGAAGAUCAGUAGGCUUACAGGUGCGGAGAUGGUUUCACUGAAUCAGCUUAUGACCCUAGCAUAGUUUUAUUUUUUUAAAUUUUAUCUGAAAGAGUAACGUGUCCCUUCCUUUUUGCUUUUGUAAAGCUAAAGGUAACAGGCACACCAUAGCUGUCUCGAUACCUAAUGCUGUGUUCCUUAUUGAAUAUUGCUGUCUCUGAUGCAGUGGUACAUAUCUAAACCAUUCAGUGGGAACCAUGCACCAUGUUAACAUUCCUGGUUGACUGCCCUGUUUUGGUGUAACAGGUUUCCUGAUAAUCCCCAAACACACCCACAGUGCAAUAAUACAGAUGUUCUCAUCUGUGCAAUCUAUCUCUUGUAGCAUGUUGCUCGCCUGCACCUUUUAUGAUGCUGACUAAAAGCUUUACCUGUAGAGACACGUUAUGUUGUAUAAUGUAUAUAUAUAUAUAUAUUGAUCGCAGAUCUCUAAUCGAUUUGGUGUGUAGUGUUUUUUUUUGUUGCCAUCUUUCUACACUGCCAAACCGGCUUUAGAAGGCACUUGCAUACAUUCUGAUUUGAUUAAACUACUUUCCUAUACCCAAUCCAGGACACUACAUUAAACGUCUGCUUUUACUGGUUUCCUGUUAAAACGUGAGCUGAAUGAGUAGGUGAUUAUAUUUGAAGCUCAUCCAUUUUUGCUAGAUUUGCCUAUGGAUUCUUUUUUUUUUUCCAAAGCUAACUGACCAUUGACAUGGAGAUCCAGGAACUGACGGAGGUUUUAGACAGAAUUUGGUGUGUGCAACGCUUCCGCCCCGAAGUGUCCUGUAUUUUAAACAAACACAGGGAAUAAGAUGAGCAGUAAAGAUGUACUGCCAGAAACCAGUGUUAAAGGUAUAGUGUCCGAGGAGGAGGUACAUAUUCCACAGGGAUAGUGCAUUCAGUUUCUCAGAGGCGGGUGGAGCCCAUCACAUUUAAUAUCCAAUGUACAAGUUUUACAUAUUAACUGAUAAUCUAUUAUGCAUCUUAAAGCAGCCUUAGAAUUAGGCAGGUGCUUUUAUUGAAAUAUGCUACCUGAUCUUUAACAGAGCAUUAAUCUAUAUUUUGUUGUGCUUUUUUUGUAACUGUUUUAAAUAAAUCAAUUUGUACUGUA